UCUACCAGCAAACGUACAAAACUCGAUAGCUCCUUAUUGUAACCGGAUCCGUACGUUUUUGGUCCGUUUGUUUUAUUACAUACGUACUGCGGACUUUUCUCGCCGAUUCUAUUCUUUUUGGAUUAGUCAUGGUAGUGCGCUGGUGAGACAUAGAGAAUCUUUGUCUAGUAUCUGCUAUUGUUUUUCCGCAGAUCCUUGAAUAACGUCGCAGGCUAAUGGGUGACGAGUCCUACUGUCGCGCCAAGUUGAGUUGAAUGAAUGUUUGUAAGGAGUCGUAUAUUGAGUUGUUUGGAAGUUUGGUUUUUUCCGGUCAUGGUGUUUAGUGAAAUUUGAUACUGUUGGAAUGACAGUGGUGGUGAAUCUGAAUUGUUUCACAGUUGGAUGUAUAUCCUUCAAUCGAAUAUAGUGCAUAAUUGAUUUGUAAACCAAAGAUCACGUUCAGUAUCUAAACUGUGAGGGUGGAGUGAGAUUACAACUCGCCGCCCGAGAAACAAGCAAAGCAAACCUUUUGACUUUCCUGGAAAGCAAACACAUCCCCCGAAAAUCAAGCAGGAUAUCCAUCCACCACCACAUUUCAAUGGAGCAAUAUUUCAUUGUUCACCUCGUAUCAAUCAACAACCGCAAGUCCUAAUGAGGUUCCCGUAGAGGAAGACUAACAGGAAUGCGCAUAAAAAUAGCGAAAACGAACAUCCUUAGUCAAGAAACGAAGGAUAUUUCUUCACGACGCCCAAUAACGGAAGAGCCACGGAAAAUGCAAAAAGAACAACAUUCGCAAUGAGCGGCGAACAAAUAAAAUGAGUGCAGUGGAAAAAUGGUGGAACAGAGAGAAAGCAGCUCGUACAUUACGCGAUCAUAUAAAUUUAACGGCUCUAACCAACUCCACAGCAAGGACAACGACAGUCGCGACAGCAACUACUACGACACACGCCACACCAGCAUUAUCCUUGACCGCUUUUCAACUCUUUCCGAGUCCUGUAAACAUCAAUUCAAACAACAAUUUAAACUUGAGCGAUAGCUUGGCCGGUACUGCAACCGGAAACGAAUUGGACAUUGGCUUUAGUGGGGCAACCAGCGGCGAUUGGACACAUCCUGGCUGUGUUAUACUUUUGAUUGUUAUCUACGGAAUUAUUGUUUUUGGUGGCAUCUUGGGAAAUGCAUCGCUAGUCAUCACCCUUUGCUCGAAACCAUCAGGACGAUUACGUAAUCCACUCUUGGUGGCACUGUGUAUAGCGGAUUUGCUGGUGGCAGGUAUAUCGGCGCCUUCAACUAUUAUUACAUUGGCUCUGGCACAGAAGUCCUGGACGCUGCCUUCGAUUGGAUGCAAGGCGAUUUAUUAUUUUCAGUCCAUGCCAGUUGCAGCGAGUACAAUAUCAUUUCUAAUGCUUUCCCUUGACCGUUAUGCAACAGUGAAACAUCCAAGUUUAGCACAACUACGUCAACGUCGUCAUCUCCAUUCAAUUCUGGCCAUUGUGUCAUGGAUAGGAGCCGGCAUUAUAUGCAUUCCGAUCCUCCUUGCCUAUCGCCUAACAACAAAACUCAUCACGAAGGAAACUUCGUCCUUCAUCCACCAUAAAUCCUACACCACUUGCCACCCCGACUACGGUUCGAGUGAAUUGCAAACGUCAUUUAUUAUUACACAUACAAUAUUGGUAUUUAUUUUUCCCGGUCUUGGAAUUAUAUUGAAUCAUUUAGGUGUAAGGAGAAAAUUGUGUGCAUUGUCGCUGACAGCACGCGCUGCACACGGGGAACUGCCAUUACCAAUGCCUAUACUCAGACGUCCAACACAUAUGAUAAUCGUUACGGGAAUGGCGAAUGCAGCACGAGGCGUGGUUAGCAAUGAUAGUUCCGAGGAGGAUGAGGAAAGGAAUGGAGAUGAUAAGAAUUUUAUGAUGGAGACGAUAAUAAGGACGAGUCCAAAGUCACCAAGAGUAAUGCGAGAAAUACGUGCCCAACAGCAACGACAACGACUAGAAAACAAAGUUCCAGCCCCGGAAUUACCAUUGCCGCAAACCUCAACACUACGAGCACGUAGAAGAUUGGCAAACAUGCUGGUGGCGGCCGCAAUAAUAUUUAUCAUAUGCUGGACACCUCACGUGCUCUGCGUCCUUCUCACCGAAUUCGGACAUAAGCAAUACUGCACGAAAACAAUAUCGUACUUUAGUCUAUUAAUAGGUUACUCACAUUCAGCGAUAAGUCCUAUCAUGUAUUGGGUGCUGAAUCACAAUACCCUUCGACAAUCACCCUGUGCACCCUUCAUGCGACUCAGUGCAAUUCAACGAUUUCUGAGGGUGCAUCUGCGCUCGCCUGCAGCACCACCUCCACCGUCAUCAACUAACGAAGCAGCUCUCGGUGCUUUCAAUCCGAGAUAUAUUAAAACCACCCCAAAACAAUACCGAGCUCAGGCUUCCUCACAUUAUUUGUACUAAUUAGGGGAGGAGUAGGUGUUUAAGGGAUCAGAUAUGGAAUGAACGGUAGAACUUUCGAUAAUUGUUUUUUCGUAUUUAUACGAGUAGAGUGUAUAAGAGCAAUCUGAAUUAAGAUAUUCGAAAUGAAUCUAAAAAGUCCAAAGUCAUUUAUACAAUUAAUUAAUGAGUGGUUUCAACAGAAAGGAGCUAAAAGAUACAUUCUGAUAAAAGAUGGAUUACUUGAUUGGAAAUAAACUACAUAAAUCGUACAAACUGAGCCUAGAUACUAACGAAUAUCACAUGAGAAACCCUUAGCUAGUAAAGUUGUUAUAUGUAUUGUAAUGUUAGCCUGGAAUUUAAUUGAAUUAGAUAAGUAUUUACAUGUUUUAGUGAAAGAUAGAAAUAUCAAAAUUAGAAUAAGUACAUAAAAGGUUAUAAUUAUUAAUGAUUAUUGAUACUAGUUAUAAUUGAUAUUCCAGAAAAAAAAAUAAUAUAUGGACCUAAAUUAUAUAAAAUUAUAUGGAGAAGGGUUUUGUAGUUUUCGCUGUCAAAUAAAAUCAGGCUAUAAAUUUAAAAGAAAGAUUAUUUUUAUAUUUUUCUAUAAACAGCAUAUAGACAACUCAACAAUCCGAAAAAUUUUCUUUUUAUUAUUAUAUUAUAUUAAUAUUAAAAUAUUGUCUAAACAUAAAUUCAUUCAAAUUUCCGCCACACUCCACGUAUAUAUGUUGAUAAACUACAAUAUAAAAUUGAUUUUUAAGUACUCCCCAGAACUAUUAUAUAUGCACAUUAAACCGCAAUGAAAAUCAAAACCCUGAAAUAUUGUAUAUAUAAAUUAUUAUUCUCCACAGAGAGCAAAAAAUGAACAUCACACUUGGCUUCCAAUCGAUUUUUCUAAAUUGGCUCAUUUAUCGAUUCGACGUCAAAUAAGUGUGCAAAAAAUGGAAUUAUGAGAAAAUAUUCAGGAAAAUAUA